AUGUCGACUAGGCUGAACAUCGACGUCUUGUUGGCCGUAGCCUCCUUCUGCGACCAGUCAACACUGUGUAUGCUGAUUGGAACUUGCAAAACGCUCUAUGGCACCGCAGCUCGGUACGCUCUGAACGAGAGAACGGUCGUCCUCCGCUCCGACCGACAGAUUGAGCGCUUCCUUCGUUUCAUGCGCCCGCAAAACGGACAACGCUGGCAACUGCUUCGAGAGCUCGAGAUCGACACGGACCUCCUGGAAAGGCCGUACAUCGCCAAGGCUCUUGCUUCUGCUAUUCGAAAAGCGACGCACCUCGAGUACCUCAAGCUCGCACCCGCCGAAGUGAUCCUGGGCUCGCACCCCGAUCUUGGUCCUGCGUUUGCCUCGCUUCCCAGUGUCAAACAUGUGGAAAUCAUCGGAGUCAGUGGGCUUACCUGCCAAAUGCUCGAAGAUAUGCGCUGGCCCCUAGAGACUGCUAUCAUCGAACGGAUAUCUAUCCAUCACCUAUGGAAGGACGACGUGGAUGACUACAACGCCGUAAACCCCGUCGAGAUGCUAAGGAACGCCCGCAGUACCCUGGGAAGCCUCAGCCUUGACACCUGGCUUGGUUGGGGACUCCGUUCCCCGGACAUUCCUGUAUACCCGAACAUGAAGUCGCUCGCCGUCAUGCACGGCCACUGUCCCCCCACAGGGCCAUGGGCGACGGCGUUUCCCAACCUCGAACACCUGAAGAUAUACACCUUGGAGCACGGAUGCUUGGACGUCUCCGACGAGGCGCUCGAAAUUCAAUUCGAAACGAGGGAGGAGAAUCGGGAAGAACACCUAUCGCGGGGCCCUUGGAACAAGUUGGAGUCGUUCAAGGGCGCCGCAUUGGAUCUAUACCUCGUCGGAGUGCCGUGCCACAUACGACAUCUGAAGUUGGGCGUUUCCAGAGAGGAGCUGCUCUUUCUCCCUGCUGCUCUCUCGGAUGCACGCCCGACGAUUCUCGACCUCGACAUCUACUCAGGAAUGCUCAAGGGAGGCGACAACGACUGGAUGCUCGAACAUCUACGGGAUCCUGCUCUGAACGCCGUUCGCGUACUGAACCUCCGGCUCAAGCUCCAUCUACCGUGCAUCGCGGAUGUCCCGGAUUUUCUGGACUGUUUGAUCAACGGUCUUUCGCCCCUUCCCCUCGACUCCCUAUCUCUCAAUAUCGAGCUGGAAAGGAUCUCCCGCUGCGUUUACAGCUCGUCUGACACGGACGACACGGACGACACGAGUACAGAACGUCCAAUUCGAAGAAGAAGAGCGACACCCCCUCCAUGCGCUACGGAAGUCUACAUGAGCACACUGGCGGUCGACGCGCUGGCUCAUCGAUUCCUUGAGGCGUUGGAUUCUCUUCAGAGCAUGGAAGUGGACGUCGAAUACGAGCGGGGCUUAAACAUCGAAGACAAGCACGUUCGGAGGGUUAAGUCGGAGAUCUGCACAAGCGCGCCUAGCAGCGCUUCGUUUUGA